AUGUCAUAAAAUAAAAAUAAUAAAGUUCCUUUUUUUUCACUUUACAGAUUAGCAUCUAAAUAAGAUAUUAUAUUUAUCUUUAUUGGUACAAUCUCAGCAGUUGGAAAUGGAGUUAUGCAACCUCUUUUUGGAUAACUAUUUGGAGAAAUGGCUCAGAAAUUUACACCUGAAAAUACUCCUGACUAAGUUUUUGAAGGAAGUGCUGUAUUAGCUGGAUAUUUCAUUCUUGUUGGAGUUUUAUCGUUUUUUCUGUCGUGCAGCAUGCUUUACUGUUGGAUAAAUGUAGGAGAAAAAUAAGCUAUUAAUAUAAGAUAUAGCUAUUUUAAGAGCAUGAUAUAGCAAGAUAUAAGCUAUUUUGAUAGCAUCAAUUCAAAUGAGUUAUCUUCAAAAGUUGCUUUGGAUUGCUUUAAAAUUUAACAAGCAAUUGGUGAAAAACUUUGCAUGUAUAUUUAUACUCUCAGUAUGCUAGCUGGGAGCUUAAUUAUUUCUUUUAUCAGAGGCUGGUAGAUUGCCCUUGUUUCUUGCAUUAUUAUUCCUAUUGUAUGGUAUACUUGCAAAUUCUUAACUUGGGUUUCAAGCGGUGUAGUAAAAAAGACUAGUUAAGAGUACUAAUAGGCAGGAGGUGUUGCGGAGUAAGCACUCAGUUCUAUUAGAACGAUAAAAAGUUUGAACGGAGAAUAAUUUGAAGCAGAUAAAUUUUCAUCUUUAAUCACUAAAGCUUAUAAAGUAUCUAUCAAAUAUAGUAUAUUCACUGGUAUUGCUUAUGGUAUUUAAAAUAUGAUGCUUUUUUUUGACUUUUCUUUGACUUUCUGGGUGGGAUCAAUUUUUAUUGAAAAGGGUAUUACCAACUAAAACAUGUAGAGAGAUUAUUUGUUUUCAGAUAUAAUAGUUGUCUUUUUAUCUAUUGUCCUUACUAGUUUUAGAUUAGGAGGAGCUACUGAUUCUGUUAAUUAUUUCUAAGAAGCUUAAGUAUCUGGAUUCGAAGUUUUUUCUAUCAUAGAAAAGAAACCAGUAAUUUAAUAGAAUGAAAGCGCAAUCAAAUUUACUGAUUAAGUUUAAGAUGGGAAAAUUUAGUUUGAAAAUGUUAGGUUUGCUUACCCAAGCAGAAAUGGAAUUGAGGUUUUCAAAGGUUUAAAUUUUUAGCUUUAAGCUAAAAAGAAGACGGCUUUUGUUGGAAAAUCUGGAUGCGGAAAAUCUACGAUCAUAUAGCUAAUAGAGAGAUUUUAUGAUCCAACUGAAGGAAGUAUUUAUAUUGAUGGAGUAAACAUCAAAGAUAUGCAAUUAAACUCUCUUAGACUUGCAAUUGGUUAUGUCUCUUAGGAACCUAUUUUGUUUGCAACAACUAUAAGAGAAAAUUUAAGAUAUUCGAAACCUGAUGCUACUGAAGAAGAAAUGAUUGAGGCUCUAAAAAAGGCAAAUGUAUGGUCUUUUAUAGAAAAUUAAGAACAUAAAUUGGAUACAUUUGUUGGAUAAAAUGGAACUUAACUAUCUGGUGGCUAAAAGUAAAGAAUUUGCAUAGCAAGAGCAAUUCUAAAAAAGCCAAAAAUACUUUUAUUGGAUGAAGCAACAAGUGCAUUAGACACUAAAAACGAAGCCUUAAUAUAAUUAACAUUGGAUGAGGUAACUUAAGGUAUUACUACUGUAAUCAUAGCGCAUAGAUUAUCAACAAUUUAAAGUGCUGAUGAAAUUAUUGUUAUUGAUGACGGUCAAAUUAUGGAGAGAGGUUCUCACUAAGAACUAAUGGAAAAAAAUGGAUUUUAUUUUGAAUUUGUAAAAAAAUAAUAGAAGACUGAACAAAACAAUGAAAAUAAUAAUACUUUAUUAGAAACUGAUAGAAAAUUAAAUCAAGCUGAAGAAUUCAUAAAUAUUGAUUUAAAUAAAUAAACUUCAUUACUUUUUACAAACAAUAUCUUAGUUUAAAAUUUAAAUGGCACUAGUUAUAAAGAUCUUCCAACAACUUAAAGAUAGAUGUCAAGUAAUCAAGAUGCAAACUUAAUAUCUUAAAACUUAAUAACAAAUCUGUACACAGAGACAGACACUUAAUAAUUAAAUUAUUAAACUAGCUAAAAUGAAAAUAAAUUAGAUAGAAUUCCUUAAUUGAAUAUCGAAGUACCAAAAUAAUAUUCAUUUUUUUAGAUGGUUAAAAAGUUAUUGACAUACGAUAAAAAAUAAACAUUAAAUGCUUUUUUGGGUAUGUUUUUUUCAAUUGGGAAUGGAAUCGCUUAUCCUUUUUGUGGUUGGGUAUUCGGGAAUAUAGCAAGCAUUUUAUUGAACCCCAACGUUGAUCAUUUUAGAGAAAAAGCUGAUCUUUAUAGUAUUUAUUUUGCUGUUAUAGGUUUAGUGGAUUUGGUUUCUUUGACUCUUUAAUAUUUCUUUUAAUCAAGAAUAUCUGAAACUUUAACUUUAACUCUAAGAUAAAAUCUUUUUAAAAAAUUCUUGACGAUGCCAAUUAGUUGGUUUGAUAAACCCUCUAAUAAUUCUGGAGCUUUAUCAUCUUCACUUCAAAUAGACUGCAAAUAAGUUAAUGUUUUAGUUGGCACCACAUUAACUUUUAAUAUUGCUAAUGUAAGUUCACUUAUAUGUGCAAUUUUGUUGGGGUUAUCUGCUGAUUGGAGAACUACUUUAGUAGGAUUAUUUUUGAUGCCCUUAAUAGUUUUGGCAAAUAUUCUCUUUGCUGUAAGAAUGAAUAUUUUUAGUUCUAAAAUGAAUCAAUCAUCUGAAGACACAGCAUAAUUAAUAAACGAGUCUUCAUGCCAUAUUAGAACUGUAGCAAGUUUAGGAAAUCCUCUAUGCUUCUGUGAAAAUUUUAAAGCUAUUUUGAGCAAAAAUAUAAGUGAUAUUAAUGAGUCUGCUUUUUAAGCAGGAAUGGCAAUUGGAUUUACCAAUCUUGCUCUUUUUGGUGUUUAUGGGAUCAUAUUUAUAUGUGGAGCUGCCUUUCAUAGGAGUUAUGAUGUAGAAAUCAGAGAUAUCCUAAUAUCAAUAUUGUGCUUAAUGUUUGCUGCCUUAGGUAUAGGAAAAAAUACUGAAUUUAUGGGAGAUGCAGGUGCAUCUUUGGUUUCUGCGAAUAAAAUAUUUUAGACCUUAGAUUUAUAGGAUGAAAUUUAGUAAAAUAAAGGCGUAUUCGAAACAGAUUUGAUCAAUGGAGAGUUAUCAUUUGAAAAUGUAUCAUUUAAGUAUCCAGAAAGAGAUGCUUAUGUUUUAAAAAAUGUCAGCUUUAAAAUACCAGCAAAGUCAAAAGUUGCAUUUGUAGGACCUUCAGGGUCAGGAAAAACUUCAAUAAUUUAACUAAUAUAACGUUUUUACUCAAAUUAUUAAGGAAAAAUUUUUUUAGAUGGAGUAGAUAUCAAAUAAUACCAUUUAAAAAAGUAUAGAUCUUACUUAGGUGUAGUUCAAUAAGAGCCUGUUCUUUUUAAUGGAACAAUCUAAUAGAAUAUGAUUUACAAUACUUAAAAUGUUAGUGAACAAGAUUUAAACAAUGCUUCUACAUUAUCUAAUACUUAAGAAUUUGUUAAAACUUUUGAAGAGGGUUUCCAAAAGUAAGUUGGUUAAAGAGGCAUCCAAAUUAGUGGUGGCUAAAAACAAAGAAUUGCAAUUGGAAGAGUUAUUCUUAAGUAACCUCAAAUAAUGCUACUUGAUGAAGCAACAAGUGCUCUAGAUUCGUAAAAUGAAAAUUAAGUCUAAAAUUCAUUAAAUAAAGUAAUGUAAAACAAAACCUCAAUAAGUGUGGCCCAUAGAAUAUCAACAAUAAAAAAUUCUGACAUUAUAUUUGUUCUAGAUAAUGGAUAAAUAGUAGAGCAGGGUGAUUACAAUUAACUAAUGAAACUUAAAAACCACUUUUUCAAGUUAUAAUAAAAUACAAAUAAUCAAGAUUAAUCUUGA